UCGACAGCGAAGUGCCCAACCAUCAAAUACUACACAUUAAUAAGGAUUCCCUAAGCACAAUUUUUCGUAGUAUUCAUUGACGCAGCGCUACUGUGUUCCUCCAAAAAACAAAGAAUUUUCUUAGCCCAUUCGCGUAAAAGGAGCGCGCGCUCUGGUUCAUGACCUCACCCGCAUGGAUCGCAGCCGUGGCAGCGACUCGUCGAUCACCCACCACCACCGAGUACGUCCUGCUCGAUGUCGAUCGCUCAACACACACAAGCGACGCAUGGUUCACUCAGCGGUCAGCAUGAUUCCGUAGUACAGUACUACAAAUCAUUAGUUGUAUAAAGAUCCUUCGAGCCUUCGUUAAAUUUGGGUUUGCCUUGGCUGGCGUGGACGAAGAUGUUCCGAGCAAUGCGCGCCCUUCUCAGCGCGGCGAAGAGCGGAGCGGCCGCAAGCUCCUCCCGCCUCCUCUCCGGGUGCUCUGACUCCCGGAGGCUGGCCGGGAAGGUGGCCAUCAUCACCGGCGCCGCGAGCGGCAUCGGCAAGGUGACCGCGGCGGAGUUCGUGCGGAACGGCGCCAGGGUCGUCCUCGCCGACGUCCAGGACGAGCUGGGCCGCGCCGCGGCGGCGGAGCUCGGCGGCCCGGACACGGCCUGCUACAUCCGCUGCGACGUGACCGAUGAGGCGCAGGUGGCCGCCGCCGUGGACCUCGCGGUGGCGCGGCACGGCCGGCUCGACGUCAUGUUCAACAACGCCGGGAUCACGGGCGGCAACUACGCGGCCGCCCCGAUCGAGUCGCUCGACAUGGCCGACUUCGACCGCGUCAUGGCCGUCAACCUCCGCGGCGUGGCCGCCGGCAUCAAGCACGCGGCGCGCGCCAUGGCCCCCCGCGGCGAGGGGUGCAUCCUCUGCACGUCCAGCACGGCGGGCGCGCUGGGCGGGUCGGGGCCCCACGCGUACAGCGUCUCCAAGACGGCCGUCGUCGGCAUGGUGCGGUCGGCGGCCGCGGAGCUGGCGCCGCGCGGCGUCAGGGUGAACGCCAUCUCCCCCUACGCCAUCGCCACGCCCAUGGGCGCGCGCUCCGUGAGGGAGAUGCUGGGGCUUCCGCCCGGGGGCGCCGGCGACGGGGGGAAGGAGGAGGAGGAGGAGGUGGUCAGGCGGGUCUUCGAGGAGGACCUCAACGAGAUGGGCGGCGGCGUGGUGCUGCGCGCGGAGGACGUCGCGAGGGCGGCGGUGUUCCUGGCGUCCGACGACGCCAGGUACAUCACCGGGCAUAACCUCAUGGUGGACGGCGGGUUCUCCGUGGCGAAGCCGCUCAACGUGCCGGCGAGCUGAGGACGGCGGGGAACAGCCUGAGGAGAAUGAGUAAAAUAAAUCUGAACAGAACAGCCUGAACAGAACGAGCAUAACCUCAAGAAAAUUGCCAAGGAACAGAACGAGCGAACGCGAGCGAAUGAGUAAAAUAAAUCUGAGGAGAAAGAAACAGUGUACUACUUUGGUCUCAUCAGCUGUUCCCGACAUGCUCAUGAGCACUAAAUGUCCUAUCACCUAUGCAUGUCUUGUGUUGUACU